GCGGUGGCCCGGGAUCAGCCCGCGGCUCCGGGGAGCCCGAGACGCCCCUGCCCGCCAUGGCCAGGCUGCUGCGGGCGUCCUGCCUUCUCUCCCUGCUCCUGGCUGGCUUCGUCCCGCCCAGCCGGGGGCAGGAGAAGUCUAAGACGGACUGCCACGGGGGUGUGAGCGGCACCAUCUAUGAGUACGGAGCCCUAACCAUCAACGGGGAGGAGUACAUCCCCUUUAAGCAGUACGCUGGCAAAUACAUCCUCUUUGUCAACGUGGCCAGCUACUGAGGCCUGACAGGCCAAUACCUUGAACUGAAUGCACUACAGGAAGAGCUUGCGCCAUUUGGUCUGGUCAUUCUGGGCUUCCCCUGCAACCAAUUCGGAAAACAGGAGCCAGGAGAGAACUCGGAAAUCCUACCCAGCCUCAAGUAUGUCCGACCAGGUGGGGGCUUUGUCCCCAAUUUCCAACUCUUUGAGAAGGGGGAUGUGAAUGGAGAGAAAGAGCAGAAGUUCUACACAUUCCUGAAGAACUCCUGUCCUCCCACCUCGGAGCUCCUGGGCUCACCUGGCCGCCUCUUCUGGGAACCCAUGAAGGUCCAUGACAUCCGCUGGAACUUUGAGAAGUUCCUGGUGGGGCCAGAUGGUAUACCCAUCAUGCGCUGGUACCACCGGACCACGGUCAGCACCGUCAAGAUGGACAUCCUGGCGUACAUGAGGCGGCAGGCGGCCCUGGCCAUCAAGGGGAAGUAAAUCAGGCCUGCCCUACCCCAUGUCCACCACACCAGGGCUGGGGAGGGACUCCAUUCAGGAAGGAAUCCAUUUCUCUAACCGCACCACACUCCCACCAUAGACCUCCUACUAUUACACAAGGCCCCAACCCAACACAAACAUGCGCAUAUGAUUGUGUCUGUAUUGCUGUGCAUGUGCGUGUUUGCACACAUGCCUAGGUGUGUGUGACCGUGUGUGCAUGAGUGUACAGCCACCUGUGUCUACCUGCAUGAAUACAGCAGACGUGUGCCACAGGUGUGUGCACAGCCGUUGUGCUAUGGAGAGUACUAGGGAAUACCUCCCCUUUCUCUCCAGUUCUCUGUUCCAAUGAUAACCAUUCACUUUUAGCUGAGCCCAAAACCAGCUCUAGAUCCAACAGUUCUGCUCUGACCUAGACCUCAACCUUGAGGCCAGCACCUCCCAUUAUCUCCAAAUACCACCACUGAAGUGCCCAGACGUUUCUGGGUCUACCACACUGCCCAAUCUUUCUCUCCACUGUGCAACUGCUCUCCUUCCUGAAGGGCCCUCCCAAGCCCCCUACCCACCCCUUAGUGCUCCCAGAAAGCAGCCAAGGAAGAUGUGAGAGCAAAGGCCAUGUUCCCCGUGUCAGGAAUGGCAUCUCCAUGAAGGAGGGGCCCGAAGCCCUCAUGGGCGGACCUCCCCUGAGCCUGUCUGAAGGGCCGGCCCUUAGUGCAUUCAGGCUGAGGCCCCUGGACAGGGAUGCUACCCCUGCUUCUCUGGAGGAUGUGCCCUCUCCCCUCACCCUGGUCCCUGGCAUUAGACUCCCCCCCGCCCCCAAUCCCCAUCUGCCCAGUAAAGGCCUUUGUGCAGCA